AUGACCAAUUCAGAAGAGGAGGAACAGAGAGCACUUAGUGACCAAACCGAGGCUUUGUAUCUUUCACACACCGAUGAAGAACAUGACAAUUCUGAACCCGAGGAAGAAGACAAUGGUGCAGUGGAGUAUCCGGGUACUGUUCUUCCGGAUCCAGACCCACAAAGCAUUGAAAAUGAUGCCGAUUUGGCGGCAGACUAUGCUUCGGAUUCGGAAUACUUGGACUUGAUUCACCUCAAGAUCACCAGUUUGGAGGAUUUGAACUUGGGCCGUUUCAAGAAGUUGGAGUCUCUUUGCUUACGUCAGAACUUGAUCACCUCAACAGGUGCUGUUGGUGAAUUGCCUCCCGAAACCAUGGAAGAAUUGGAUUUCUAUGACAACAGAAUCAAUCACAUCAGCAGUAAGGUGAACCAGCUUGUCAAUCUCAAGAACUUGGACUUUUCGUUCAACAAGAUCAAGAACAUCAAGAACAUUGACAAGUUAACAAAGCUCGAGAACCUAUACUUCGUUCAGAACAAAAUUAAGGAGAUCAAGGGAAUCGAGACGUUGCAAAAUUUGAAAAACUUGGAGUUGGGUGGCAACAAGGUUGAGCAAAUCAACGAGACGCUUCUCAAAAUGCCCUCCAUUGAGCAGCUCUGGUUGGGUAAAAACCGCAUUCCAAAGUUCCAGAACCUCGACAGUCUCGUCAACUUGCGUGUGUUGUCGAUCCAGUCUAACAGAAUCACGAAAUUAGAAGGCUUAGACAAAUUGGUCAAUUUGGAGGAGCUCUACGUAUCACACAACGGCAUUGAAAAGAUCGAGAAUUUGGAGAAUAACACUAAAUUAACAGUGUUAGAUGUGACAUCCAACAGGCUCGAGAAACUCGAAAACUUGUCCCAUCUCAAGAAUCUUACUGAUUUUUGGUGCUCGUACAACAAAAUCAGCUCAUUCGAUGAGGUCCACAGAGAAUUGGGCAAUUUGCCUGAACUCGACACCGUCUACUUUGAGGGUAACCCAUUGCAGACCAGCAACCCUACGGCAUACAGAAGAAAACUCAGACUUAAUUUGGGUGAAAGUAUCACGAAAAUUGACGCUACCUACGUGAAGAGCUAG